CUCUCACCAUGGCAGCCAGUUUGCUAAGGUCACUUGUGUCUCCGAUAAAAGUCUGCGGGCGUCAGGCAGGGGUCGUGUUUCCAGCAAUUAAGAUAAAUGGAAGAAGGGAUUUCAGUACAUCACAAAGGAGGAGUGCUGUAUUCUGUGCUAAUGCAGCAGAAGCAGUUAAAGACAUUAGUGAUGGCUCAAAACUGCUGGUGGGAGGAUUUGGGUUAUGUGGCAUCCCAGAGAAUCUCAUUGCUGCUAUACUGGACACAAAGGUGAAGGACCUGACCGUGGUCAGCAACAAUGCCGGCGUGGAUGAUUUUGGCCUUGGACUUCUGCUAAAGCAGGGACAGAUCCGUAGAAUGAUAUCAUCGUAUGUGGGUGAGAAUGCUGAGUUUGAGAGACAGUACUUAUCUGGAGAACUUGAAGUGGAGCUCACACCACAGGGAACUCUAGCUGAGAGGAUACGAGCCGGAGGGGCAGGCAUCCCCGCCUUCUUUACUCCAACUGGCUAUGGUACAUUGAUAGAGAUGGGCGGGGCUCCCAUCAAAUACGGCGGCGAGGGCGAUGUUGCUUUGGCCAGUAGCUCGAGGGAGGUGCGAGACUUUGCUGGAAUUCCACAUAUAUUGGAGAAGGCUAUUACUGGAGACUUUGCCCUGAUCAAGGCAUGGAAAGCUGAUAAGGCUGGCAAUCUCACCUUUAGGAAGACCGCUCGUAACUUUAACCCACCGAUGUGUAAGGCUGGGAAGGUGACCAUUGCUGAGGUAGAGGAGAUUGUGGAGGUGGGAGAAAUCCCAGCUGAGGAUGUCCAUGUACCUCAUGUCUACGUCCAGCGAGUCAUUAAAGGUCCCAGCUACGAAAAGAGAAUAGAGCGAUUACGUCUGACCAAACCAAAGAGUGCUAACUUUGAGAAGCGCCCGGCUGAUAUCAUCAGAGAGAGAAUUGUUAGGAGGGCUGCCCUGGAGUUCAAGGAUGGAAUGUAUGCAAAUCUUGGUAUUGGUAUGCCCAUGUUGGCGAGUAAUUACAUAAAGGGUAUUACAGUACAUCUACAGAGCGAGAACGGCAUUCUGGGACUGGGAGCGUUUCCCACAGAGGACCAGGUGGAUCCAGACUUGAUCAAUGCUGGGAAAGAAACUGUCACUAGUAUCCCUGGUAGUUCCUACUUCUCCAGUGAUGAGUCGUUUGCCAUGAUUCGAGGUGGCCACAUUGAUAUCACUAUCCUGGGGGCCAUGCAGGUAUCACAAUAUGGAGAUCUGGCCAACUGGAUGAUUCCGGGUAAGAUGGUGAAGGGGAUGGGAGGAGCCAUGGACUUGGUAUCCAGUAAGGACACAAAGGUCAUUGUUACCAUGGAGCACACUGCCAAGGGAGGAAAACACAAGAUUCUCAAUGACUGUACCUUACCUCUGACUGGGAAGGGGUGUGUCAACACUAUUAUCACAGAAAUGGGUGUGUUUGAGGUAGACCCAGAAGAAGGACUGACCUUGACAGAGAAAGCUGAGGAUGUACUUUUGGAGGAUGUGGUAGAAUUUACCGGUGCUGAUUUUAAGGUUGCUUCAGAAUUAAAGACUAUGGGACAGAUAGCGGAACCUGAGGUGUGAAGGAAGCUGUGAUAUUUUAUAUUGGAGAGUCAUUGUGUAAACUUCGUGUCACUUCCAAUGUUUUUUUCAGUGUACAUUUGGGCACAGAAUGUGUGUGAAAAUAUCACUUAACUUGGAUGUCAUACAGAUGUUUGAAAGUAUCACUUAACUUAGAUGACGUUACACAGAUUUGUGAAAGUAUCACUAAACUCGGAUGUCAAACAGAUGUUUGAAAGAAUAACUUAUUUCGGAUGCCAUCCAUUAUUAUCUUACGUUUUGCUUUGUUUUUAUGUAGUCAGAAACUUAUAUAUCAUUAUUGCAAAUACACAUGGAAAUGUGGGAAACACUGUGGACUUUUAAAGAAAUAUUUUACAUUUCGGAAAACAACAUUUCGAAGUUUGUCUCAAACACAAUAGUAUUAUAUAAUUAAAGAAUUUGUUCUUUUUUAUUUGACACUAAAUAUGUAAUUGAUAUGAAUAACCUUGUACACAAUAUAGGUCAACUUACAUGUGCUAUGAACCUUGGUGUGGGAAUCAUUUACUUCUGAUGAAUAAUGCUGGAACAUUCCGAAACAACAACUAUUACAAAGUUUCCAGUUAGAUCUGUUGUAUGUAACAUUUAUAUUGUUAAGUACAAUGUAUGCCUGCUAUAUACUUUCAACCUAUGUAGUAUUUAAGUUGUUUUUCACAUGUUUACUUGUUUAAAGAUUAUCUAUCAAUUUUGGUGAUAAAUAUACCAAAGAUAUAGAUAUAGAGUCUUCGAGAAUCGUAGGUUGCAGUUAUUUGGUAGUAUGAUGAUGAAAAAUGAUAUCAAAUUCACUGUACCUGUGUGAUAUCGCUAUCGAUGAAGGUCUACUUACACUUAAUAUAAUGCUCACUAGUGCUGGAAGCUAGAAGUUAUCUUGUAAAUGGUUUGUCGAUAAGUUUUAUCACAUAACUGGCCUGGUUACUAUGUGGUAUGACCAUAUCAUAAUUAUCAUGAGAUGUGUACUAAUAACACAAUUUUAAUUGUCUCUGUAGAGAAAAACAUAAUGUCCAAGUCGAAAUUCACAUUGGAUAUAAAUCAUGUGAGUAACAGAAUCUUACACUCAUGGCUAUGUAAUAUGGAAUUCAUUCAACGACCCAUUCUGUGGAACUUGAAUUUAACUCAAUUUUACUGUGAAAUUUUUGGGUUUUGUUUGUAUUUGUUUCAUGUACAUGUAUAUAGAACUCGAUUUGUCAGUAAAAUCGUGGAUAAUAAAUCCUGACAUCUUUUGCCUGGGAAUUUGCUUUUUUAUCUGAAACCCAUGGUUUUCUUUAUUAAGUUAAUGUGGUAUUUUCAUGAGAACACUUAGGAAGGUUUGUAGAUAACAUAUCAAUAUUUCUCUUUGCAUUCUAUUACUGGCAUCAAAUAGGAAAGUUUUGCUUUUAAUUUUGCCAAUUCUUUCUCUUGGAAGAUCCAAUAAAUUCAAGACACAUGAAAAAAUACAUUGGACAAAUUUAGAUAAAAUAAUUUCUGUCUAAAGGCUAAAAAGCAAAAACUUGUUUAUUUAUUAUUAUUACCAGUGUAAAACCUCCUCGCAAUAAUCAUAUGAGGAGACAGUGUUAGUAAUCAAUGUAACAUAAUGUACAUCAUUAUUGUGUGGAUCAUGCUAAUUGUGAAGAUUGUUUUCUGAGGUAAAUGAUACCAGCACUUUUAUAUUAUUUGUUAGUUUAAGAUGUUUACCGCCUACAUGACUCGGCCUAUUGCUUUGUUUUAUAUUACUUAAAUCAUGUAGCUCUGUUGCGUUGUAUGGAAGUUUUGUGUGAUUUGUAUUUUGUGUAAACAUGUGUAUAUAUGUGUGUGGAGUUGCCAUUGGUUUUAUGUGUGGAAUAUUAAAUAAUAGAAUUCAAAGAAUACUUUAUAUAUAAAAAGACAUGUUUACAAAGCAUCCCAAGGGACGGAAUAAACUGGUUUAAUGUAGAUGUGGACAAAUUGGUUAUAGAGUUUGAUGGAUUCAGCCAAUUGUUAGAGAACUUGACAUGUGUUUGUUAUAAGGAAGAAUUCUCAGUAUGUGUCUUCAUUUUGAAUGUGUUUUUAUAUAGAGGGGAUCUUAUAUAUACUUGUAUAUAUAAGUAUAUACAAGCUUAGGUGAUCAUUCAUGUGUACAUAGUUUCUACACACUUUAUGCGUAAUCAGAUGAAUGUUUGUACACACCAUCAUGCAUAUUCAGAGUGAGAGUUUCUACACACCUUCAUGUGUAAUCAGAGUGAGAUGUAUCAAAAAUAAACUUGUGUAUUUUCAAAUUU